UGAAACAAAUUAUGGAGAUCAAACGUUCGUUUUCUCUCGUCCUUUGCUGCUCCCUCUUGGCAUCGGUCCUCUUCUUCUCAUACGGAACAAUCUCUCGUAAACUACUGGCGAUUCAAGAAGAUAACAACGGACAGAGUAAAGCGAGAGUAUGGGGAAGUCAUUCAAAUACAGCACCAUCUCAGGCAGGCCACAAUCCACCUCAGGCUUCGAACAACGGACAGAGUAAAGCGGGAUUAUGGGGACAUCAUUCAAAUACAGCACCAUCUCAGGCAGGCCACAAUCCACCUCAGGCUUCGAAUACCGGAACGGUAACCCAGAGAGCCUUAAAUCGGGGCAAGCCGGUGGCAAAUUGCGGGAGGGGUCGCCCUUAUGGUUCAUGUUUUCCUAGGGCCAAGUAUCCAGAAAGAAGUGAGUUUUACAACAGAGGACAUUAGAGUCGUAGCUGCAGCCGCAGAUUUAAUUCACGAGCGUUUAUUGGAAAUCUGAGUUCCUUCUCUAUUUACAGCAGCUACUGAGCCCAA